GCGGCUCUUGUUCAAAAUACAGACACAACCGUUCAACAGCUUUACUGCGACAACGUUGGAGUUCGAGCUGUCACCUAGAAAAGAAAUAAAGGAGGCUCGGAAGCGUUUCUGUCUCAGAAAUGGCAGAAGGAGGAGAUGUGGAAUGGGAGCUCAGCAAAGAAAACAUCCAGCCUUUGAGGCGGGGAAGAGCCAUAUCGGCCUUACAUCAGGCGCUGAGUCAACAACAAGAUGGACCCACCUCUGCAAUCAACCAGCAGCGACAGGCAUUUGAGUCCGAGUUGCGCACAUACGAGGGCGAUGAUCCACUUAGUGUUUGGGAUCGGUAUAUUAAGUGGACAGAACAAACCUUCCCCCAGGGUGGAAAAGAGAGCAACCUCACCACACUGCUGGAACGGGUCGUGACCAGAUUUACAGAGGAGAAACAUUAUCACAAUGACCCCCGCUAUGUUGACCUCUGGAUCAAAUUUGCGAAGAACUGCCAAGAGCCUUUGGAAAUUUACAGAUACAUGCAAGCACAGGGAAUUGGAGUAACACAAGCUUCCCUCUACAUUGCUUGGUCAGAGGAGUAUGAGGAUCAGGGCAAUUUCCGCAAAGCAGACUUGGUCUACCAAGAGGGGUUCAGAAAGAGUGCUGACCCACAUGAUAAACUCCUGCAGUUUCACAAGGCACUGCAGGCACGCGUUUCCCGGCAGGUGAUGAUGAAUGUGGAGGAGGAAGACAGUGAUGAUGAGCCUAAGCAACUCGAGAGAGUUUCUCUAGCUGAUCUGAAACACAGAGGGAAGAAAAAGGCUGUCGCCCCCAUCAACAGAACAGGGGCCGGAAUCAGAAGUAUUCCCGGUGGCCUGAAGUCACAAGGCGCCCCUGUUCUUGGCAGUAACAGUCGGUUGGUCAUCUUUGACGAGAAUAAGGCUCAGAGCGCAGGCCCAUCGGAGCCUAGAUUGGAAGCUUGGGUGGCUCCUCCCACAUCUAGGGCGAAGGAGAAUGAGCAGAAGCCUGAGCGAUGGUGUGAUGUGAAGAUGCCCCAAAAGUCCAAAUUUGGACAUACUGUUAUGGCGCCACCGCCUCCCAAACUCACUUUCCAACCGUUUGUGGAGGAGUCGGAUCAGCCUCCUACAAUGACUCCAUGUAAGAUCAACCCAGCAGUUAACACAGUUUUGUCAGCGCGUAAGCCGGGCAGAGAUGAGACUCCUCUCAAAAGGCUGCAGGACCAUCAGCAGCAGCAGAAGGAGGCAGAAUCGGGAAAACAACAGGAGCAGAGCAUGUACUGUAAAGAGCUGCUGCUAAAUGGUGCUGCUGAGUUCUGCUUUGAGGAGCUACGAGCUGAACGGUUCUUCAAAAAGACGGCGCAAGAAUCAGAGGAAGGGCAGAAGGAUGAAGCUGCAGCUGGUGCUGCAAACUGAUGCUUCCAAAUGGGAUUUAGUUCCUUUUCUGAGUUUUUACCAUUUUUGACUAGAUCAUGUAGUGACUGUUCAUCACCCAGAUGUAAAUAUCGUCAUAGAUUUCCAGUUACUCAGAAGGCUUUAUAAACAAACAAAAAAGCUUUUUGAGGGGGAUACCCUGGGAGCUGAAGACACUAAAAGGUGUAUUGGAUUCAUGCAAAUACAGUGGUUGGACCAAAUAAUGGGAACCCCUGUACACUGUAAUGUAAUCUAGUAAAAAUGCUACUAGCGUGAGAAAAAACAUAGAUGUAAAUACAUGUUGAUAGUGUCUAUAUGGGUCCACACCUCUG